UGAGGAUUUUAUCAAGCAGGUAAUCGCUGUGAAACAAAGCCAACCAGAAAAUAAAAAUAGCAAAAAGCAAUUUUUAAACUAUCUACUGGAAAUGAACAAACAAAAUUAUUUAACCACAGAUGGUUUAUUAGAAGAAGGUGCCUUAAUGUUACUGGCAGCCAAUGAUUCAACAACACCUGCAGUAGGCUCAGCUUUAGUCUUAUUAGGGAUGCAUCCCGAAAUUCAGGAAAAAGUAUAUCAAGAAAUAUCAUUACUCACUGAUGAUACCCAGGACCUUACACUGGAAUGUGUCAAUAAAAUGAACUACUUAGAACGCGUGAUUAAAGAAACAAUCAGAAUUUUUCCAUCGGUACCUUUCAUACUAAGAAAAAUAGACGAAGAAAUCGAAUUAGACUCUUAUUUUGUACCGGCUAACUGUGAAAUCUUGAUUUCGAUUUCACAGCUUCAUAGAUGGCCUGACAUAUGGCCUAAUCCUUUAAAGUUUGAUCCUGACAGAUUUUUGCCUGAAGAAGUGGAAAAACGACCACGUGGUGCAUAUCUUCCUUUUGGUGCUGGUGCAAGAAACUGCAUAGGUAUAAAAUAUGCUAUGCUGUCUAUGAAGGUUUUCUUGGCUGUCAUUUUGAAGCGCUUUAGAAUAUUAGAGGCCAUUGAUUACAAAAGAGUAGAGGACAUAGAAAUGGACAUAUUUUUAUUCGGGAUAGCUAAAAAAGGGUACAGGAUCAGAGUUGAAGACAGAAAUUAA